UUUGGCUUAUAUACGUUAGACUUUCAGCCAUUGUAGUAUUACAAUGUCGGGACGCGGCAAGCAAGGUGGCAAGGCUCGCGCUAAAGCCAAGACUCGCUCCUCCCGGGCAGGACUUCAGUUUCCUGUGGGCCGUGUGCACCGCCUGCUCCGCAAAGGAAACUACUCUGAGCGAGUGGGGGCCGGUGCUCCGGUGUACCUGGCGGCGGUGCUGGAGUAUCUGACCGCCGAGAUCCUAGAGCUGGCGGGCAACGCUGCUCGUGAUAACAAGAAGACGCGCAUUAUCCCUCGCCACCUGCAGCUGGCCAUCCGUAACGACGAAGAGCUCAACAAGUUGCUGGGGAAAGUCACCAUCGCUCAGGGCGGUGUCCUGCCCAACAUCCAGGCGGUGUUGCUGCCUAAGAAGACCGAGAGCCACCACAAGCCUAAGGGCAAGUAAGGUGUUGAUAGCACCGCCUCCGAAACCAACGGCUUUUUUCAGAGCCACCUACUAUUUCUAUGGAAGAGCUGGGUCACCAGUAAAACGUCAGUAGUUGCUGGGGAGAGGAAAUAAAUCAUUUCAUGUAACAACUACGGUUUAGCAAUCCAUUUUAGAUGAAAAUGCGCUCGCUACCUUCCAAGUUUCAUAAAGUGUCUGUCCUCGGUGUAU